AUGGCCAGGCCGGCCGCCCCGGGCUCGGUAAUUGUCCCAGACUGGCACGAGAGCGCCCAGGGCAAGGAGUACCUGGCCUGCGUCCUGCGCAAGAGCCGCCGGCGGGUGUUUGGGCUGCUUGAGCGACCAGUGCUUCCCCCGCCUGUGGCCAUCGACACUGCCAGCUACAAGAUCUUCGUGUCUGGGAAGAGUGGCGUGGGCAAGACAGCACUGGUAGCCAAGCUGGCUGGCCUGGAGGUGCCCGUGGUGCACCACGAGACCACUGGCAUCCAGACCACCGUGGUGUUUUGGCCGGCCAAGCUGCAGGCCAGCAACCGCGUCGUCAUGUUCCGCUUCGAGUUCUGGGACUGCGGGGAGUCUGCACUCAAAAAGUUCGAACACAUGCUGCCGGCUUGCAAGGAGAAUGCAGACGCGUUCCUCUUCCUCUUCUCCUUCACUGACCGGGCCUCCUUUGAAGACCUCCCUGGACAGCUGGCCCAAGUAGCCGGCGAGGCUCCUGGCGUGGUCAGGAUGGUCAUCGGCUCCAAAUUCGACCAGUACGUGCACACCGACGUGCCCGAAAGGGACCUUGCGGCCUUCCGGCAGGCCUGGCCGCUGCCCCUGCUGCGGGUGAAGAGCGUGCCGGGGCGGCGGCUGGCGGACGGACGCACGCUAGACGGCCGGGCCGGGCUGGCCGACGUCGCCUAUGUGCUCAACAGCCUGGCGGACCAGCUGUGGCAGCAGGACCAGGCGGCGGCUGGCCUGCUCCCCGCCCCAGGGGGCCGCCCCGCCCCAGAGGCAGCCGGCUCCUGA